AUGUAAGAAGUAUAUUUAUGCGCUUUAUUUGAAAAUAAUUCAUUACCAGAAUUGAAGAGCUUUUUCAUUCAUUUUAAGAGAGCUAAUCCGAGAGUAAAGAAGGUUUACUUUAGAAUAACUUCAACUGAUUUAGUGUUAUAUUGCAAAGAAUCAAUUUCGUCUUGCUAUUAUAUUAGUUAUAUUAACCUUAUUUUUAGAUAAUAAUCAAGUGAUUGAGCAGUUAAAAUUGGGCAAUUAGCAAUGCAACAAUAAAUACAUUAUUUUAUAGUUCUAAGAUUUUGAUACUGUAGUUGGUGCUGUCAAUAAAAUUGCCUCAANGUUGAUGAUCUCUCCUUUUAAGAUACCUAAUCAGGAAAGAACCAUAAAUAAAUGGCUCAGCAAUAUCGAAAUAAUAACUACUAUAAAUAAUUAGAACCUUUAAAUAUUGAAGAUCUUGAUUUAUUUCCUGAUGCUAAAAUACACCCAAUAGUUUUUAGAGAUGUUUCUUAAAAGCAAUAAAUUUAAAGCAAGUAAAUCAAAGGCUUACAUUUAUUUGUAUUUGUUCAUGGUUAUUAAGGAAAUUCUUAUGAUUUAAGAUUAUGGAGAAAUAAUAUUUCUGUUAGAUACCCUGAACAUUUAACUCUGCUCUCAAAAUGUAAUUAAGAUAAUACCGAAUAAGACAUAAUGGUAAUGGGAGAAAAAUUAGCACUAGAAGUAAAGCUUUGGAUCAAAGAAUGGUGCCCUAAAGAAAAUUUUUCAAAACUUUCAUUUAUUGGUCAUUCUCUUGGUGGUUUAAUAAUUAGAGCCUCUUUACAAUAUUUAACAAAAUAUAAAGAUAAAAUGUACACAUAUUUAUCUUUGGCUACACCUCAUUUGGGUUAUUCUUUAUCUUCAAGUAAACUUGUAGAUACUGGUUUAUGGGUAAUUCGUAAAUGGAAGAAAUGUAUUUGUUUGAAUUAGCUAACAUUAAAUGAUUCUUAGAAUAUUCAAGAAACCUGUCUUUAUAAAUUAUCUAAGUUAGAGGGCUUAGGAUGGUUUAACAAUAUAGCCUUGAUGAGUUCGUACCAAGACACUUAUAGUCCAUUUGAGUCAGCUCGCAUCUAAAGACCAAAAGGAAAUAGUAAAGAUAUUAUAAUUACCAACAAAAUGAUAGAUAAUUUAAUGGAAACAAUAUAAAAUAAAAAAAUAGAAAGGUUAGAUGUUAAUUACGAAUAAUCUGGAAGGUAUUUUUAAUUUAAUUUUUGUAGAUCAUUAGAUGUUAUGAUCGGAAGAGCAGCUCAUAUUGCUUUUUUAGAAAACAGUGCAUUGAUAAAACUAUCUGUUUACAGUUUCGAUGAAUUAUUUGAAUGA